CUACUUGGAUGGGCGUCUGGUGUCCUUGAGGACUUUGGGGAAGUUUGGAUCAGCGAGGGGUCUCAAAUCUGCACAAAGAAAGAUCCAACCAUGUCGGACGCGGUGGUUAGUUUCAUGAAGGACUUUUUGGCCGGUGGCAUCGCCGCUGCCAUCUCCAAAACAGCUGUUGCUCCGAUUGAGAGAGUGAAGCUGUUGCUGCAGGUCCAGCAUGCCAGCAAACAGAUCACUGUAGAGAUGCAGUACAAGGGGAUCAUGGACUGUGUGGUGAGGAUCCCGAAGGAACAGGGCUUUAUUUCCUUUUGGAGAGGCAACCUGGCCAACGUGAUCCGUUACUUCCCCACCCAAGCCCUCAACUUUGCCUUUAAAGACAAGUACAAGAAGAUCUUCCUCGGCGGCGUGGAUCAAAAGACACAGUUCUGGCGUUACUUCGCCGGCAACCUCGCAUCCGGCGGGGCGGCCGGGGCCACUUCGCUCUGCUUCGUCUACCCUCUAGACUUCGCCAGAACCAGACUGGCUGCCGACAUCGGUAAGGGCGCCGCUGGGAGAGAGUUCAGCGGCCUCGGAAACUGCCUCAGCACGAUCUACAAGGCCGACGGCCUCAAGGGCCUUUACCUCGGAUUCAACGUGUCGGUGCAGGGUAUAAUCAUCUACAGAGCGGCCUACUUCGGGUGCUUCGACACAGCCAAAGGUAUGCUGCCAGAUCCCAAGAACACGCACAUUUUCGUCACCUGGAUGAUCGCCCAGACUGUCACUGCAGCAGCCGGUAUCGUCUCAUACCCCUUUGACACCGUCAGACGUCGUAUGAUGAUGCAGUCUGGACGCAAAGGAGCUGACAUCAUGUACAAGGGAACCAUUGACUGCUGGAAGAAGAUCCUUAAGGACGAAGGGGGGAAAGCCUUCUUCAAGGGCGCCUGGUCCAACGUGAUCAGAGGCAUGGGAGGCGCCUUUGUGCUGGUGCUGUACGACGAGAUCAAGAAGUACACAUAGACUUUCUAAUCUUCUAGUCCCCAAGGGAAAGACUUCCCCUUUAAGUCUUAAUUCUUGUGAUGGACUACAAUGUGGGCAUGUGCUGUGCAGGUUUACCUGAGCUGGGUCAACACGCCUCCUCAGAAACCUGCAUGCAUCCACGCACAAACGGUUAUUUCAGUGUGUCCGAGUCGAGCUUCAGUGGAGAUAUUGCCAUGGUUUAAGGUGUCACUACCUGUCAUACGUCUGUCAGUUGGUCCAUGUUUCAUUAUGUUGUGACUACUCUGAGCCAUGUAUCCCACCGCACACCUUAUUUUAUUAAGAAUAAAGAUUUAUCAUUCUAAUAGUC